AUGCGUUUAAGAUCAUUUAAAACACUACCAUUUUUGUUUGUGCUUCUCCUAAUAAAAAUAUUAACAUUUUACUACGCUUCUCGCUUAUUUUCUGGUAUAAUACAGUCAAAUAUAGAAGAUAAAAUAAUAACACCUCCAAUUCCAAAGCCUCCAAAAAAGCGUUUAAAUGAAUUAGUGACAGUCAUACUAAGAGAUUUUGAAUUACAUGAAAACGAUGUGACUUUAACCUUACAUUCUUUUACCAAUGCUUUUAUGAGGAUGCAAAUAUUUCUGAUGUACGACGAGCUUCCAUACCCUCCUCUUGAUAUAGUGUUAACUAAUAAUACGCUUCCACAUAUUAAAUUUAUAAAGUUAUCUCCAGAUUUGAGAAGUAGUUUUGUGGAUAAUUAUCCCAUUAGUGAAAUAAAGUCUAAAUAUGUUUUGUUUGUACCUGAUUCUACUAGAGUAUCUUCCAGACAGAGUUUACAACUCAUGGUUAAUGCUUUAAGCAAAAAUCCUGGGAGUAUAGUUGCAGCUGUUGUUAAAAAUCACAGGCAAACAUUGAGUUGCCUGAAUGUGAACAUUAAUAUAAGGGAAUGGAAUUUACAGUUUGAUUUUAUUAAAAGUAUGACCUGUGAUGCAGUGACAGGAAAACAUGUUUUUCUCCUGGAGGCGAAAACUCUAAUGAUGAUGUCCAAUGCCUUUUUGUUGCCCUUUCCACAUUCUUUGUACCUUCAGAGUUCUGCGUUAAAUUUAAAGGUGCACAUUUUAAAAGAUGUGUCUUUUCAUGAAGGCAAACCUCUUUUUCGCUCCCAUCAUGCUCAAUGGCAACAAAAACAAUUGGAAGCCACCAGAUUAAAGAAGUUGUACAAUAUUUUUAAAAUUAAAAAAGUUAUUCGUGAAACAGGAGUUACAGAAUGGUAUGGAUGUACAAAAGAAACAGAAAGAUGUUUUGGAACUGUUAUAGAUGCUAUGCCUUCAUACCUGUACGAAAGAAGGUGGACUCCUCCGUGCUGCCUGGCCAAUUUACGAAAAACGGCCAAACAUACUUUCAGCAUGUUAGACGAAACAGGAAUUCGAUAUUGGUUGGAAGCCGGUAGCCUAUUAGGUGCGAUGAGAAACGGCGAAAUUUUGCCUUGGGACCACAACGUCGACGUGGGCUUUAUACGAGAGGAUCUGGAUCGUUGUUCAUGGUUAAAGAUGGCUCGAUCUAAAUCGGUGCUGGAUCCACAGGGAUUUUUAUGGGAAAAAGCAACGGAAGGUAACUUUUAUCGAGUUCAUUUUAGUAAAACUAAUAGCAUACACGUUAAUUUGUUUCCAUUUUAUUCCAAAAACGGUACUAUGACGAAAGAUUCUUGGUAUACUCAUCAUAAAAACAUGGAAUUUCCUGAGAUUUUUUUACAUCCCAUGUCAAGUAUAGAAUUUUUAGGAAGGUCUGUGCCAAGUCCUAAUAAUAUAAGAGAUUUUCUGGAGCUCAAAUUUGGCAAAGGUGCUAUAGAAACACCCGAGUAUCCGGAUCCUAGUAAAUUGAAGUUUCCAUAA